AUGAGUGCUCUUAGCCACGCGCCAACACCUGUGCACGCUGCUGUUAGUGCUCUUAGGCACGCGCCAACACCUGUGCACGCUGCUGUGAGUGCUCUUAGGCACGCGCCAACACCUGUGCACGCUGCUGUGAGUGCUCUUAGACACGCGCCAACACCUGUGCACGCUGCUGUGAGUGCUCUUAGGCACGCGCCAACACCUGUGCACGCUGCUGUGAGUGCUCUUAGGCACGCGCCAACACCUGUGCACGCUGCUGUGAGUGCUCUUAGACACGCGCCUGUGCUCGACGUGCACGGGUGCAACCUGACAGGGUCCAUCCCAGCCACAGUGGGGCGGCUGGCGAGCCUCAAGUUCUUCCUGGUGAACCAGAACCGCCUGUCAGGGUCCAUCCCGGCCACCGUGAGCGGCAUGCAGCGGCUGUACAUGUGGGACAUCAUGGACAACCGCGUUGAGGGCGCCGUGCCCUCCUUCCACGGCGCCAACGAGCUCGGUCACCUGUGCCCACAUGAGUCGCAACCUGCUCACCUCAGUGCCGGCGCACAUCAGCAGACUACCCAAGCUAGAGCACGUCGUUCCGAUCCCUCCCAGCGUUCCGAUCCCUCCCAGCGUUCCGAUCCCUCCCAGCGUUCCGAUCCCUCCCAGCGUUCCGAUCCCUCCCAGCGUUCCGAUCCCUCCCAGCGUUCCGAUCCCUCCCAGCGUUCCGAUCCCUCCCAGCGUUCCGAUCCCUCCCAGCGUUCCGAUCCCUCCCAGCGUUCCGAUCCCUCCCAGCGUUCCGAUCCCUCCCAGCGUUCCGAUCCCUCCCAGCGUUCCGAUCCCUCCCAGCGUUCCGAUCCCUCCAUGUCCCCCCCUCCAUGUCCCCCCCUCCAUGUCCCCCCCUCCAUGUCCCCCCCUCCAUGUCCCCCCCUCCAUGUCCCCCCCUCCAUGUCCCCCCCUCCAUGUCCCCCCCUCCAUGUCCCCCCCUCCAUGUCCCCCCCUCCAUGUCCCCCCCUCCAUGUCCCCCCCUCCAUGUCCCCCCCUCCAUGUCCCCCCCUCCAUGUCCCCCCCUCCAUGUCCCCCCCUGUGUCUCACCCUUUCCCUCCCGCCAUCCUCUCGUGCAUCACGAAGCAGGCUGGUGGACAGCAACCGGCUCACCCAUCCCAUCCCAGCGGCAUUCAACAACACAAACCUCACUGUCAUGUGCGUGCCACUGUCAUCUACUGGAGUAACAACGUGCUGCCCAGCCUGCCCACCACGUGGCUCCUCCCCCACCUCAAGGACUUCCUCGCCAGCAACUGUUCACUACCACAGCAACCGCUGCCAUCCUUCCCGCUCUCUGCCAGCCUUGCCAACCUCGAUCUGAGCAGCAACAAGUUCACAGGCGCCAUUCCCCCCACGCUCUUCUGGCACAGCCCCAACCUCAUCAACCUCAACCUGGCCAACAACUCGCUCACCGGCCACCUGCCUCAGCAGAUCGCCAAUGCCUCCAAGCUGCAAUCGCUGUUCCUAGCAGGCAACAACCUGACAGGCGCCAUUCCGGACAUGUCAGGGCUGCCAAGCCUCGUGGCGCUCUCCCUCUACGACAACGACUUCACUGCCGUGCCGCCCGCCCUGCUCAACCAAACCAACGCCACUCUGCAGCUGUAUGGCAACGACCUCUGCAAGCCAUUCCGCGCGGAGAUCGCGCAGCAGUGCUCCCCGCCGCGCCUUCUCACGCAGUACACGGCGCGCGCCAUCUGCGCAGAGCUCGCGUGCGCCAGCGACCUCUUCCGCCCCAGCGAGCCGCUGUUCCGCGACGCCAGCGAGUGCGUGUGCGUGUCGCCGCUGCGCGCCGAGCUGGGGCUGUACCUGACGGACCUCGUGGUCUUCACAGACGACCAGGUGACGAGCCUGGAGGACAAGCUCUUCUCGCAGCUCACCACCCGCGCGCACAUCAACAUCACGCGCAAUCAGGUGCAAGUGACGGGCAUCAGCAGCCGUGCGUCACUCGCCUCACUGGCGUCAACAUUCGCGUCCGACCACACGAUGCACGAGUCCACGCUCAUCAUCACCGCGCUCUUCUUCCCGCCCGCCGGGGACGACUCCUGGCUGCCCAGCGACACGCCCCGCGCCAUCCGCGCCGCGCUCUCCACGCGCGACCCGACGCUGCGCGCCAACCUGGACGAGUUCGGGUCGUACCGCGUCGAAGCCUUCUACGGCCCUGCUCCGUACAAGCCGCCGUCGCAGGCAGCAUCAGCACUAAGCCCAGGCACCAUCGCGGCCAUUGCCAUCUGCUGCGCCACGCUUGUCAUCUCGCUCGCCCUCGUGCUGCUCUUCCGCCCCUGGGAGAAGCGAGGGUGGAGCCAUGCGGACUACGAGGCGCUGGAGGGCAUCAGCCUGCAGCACGCGCGGCGCUACUCGCUGCAGCAGCUGCACGACGCCACUGAUGGCUUUGAUGACCAGCGCGUGCUAGGGCAGGGCGGAUUCGGCAAGGUGUACCGCGGGGAGCUGAACGGUGAAGCAGUGGCGAUAAAGAAGGCGAGGGAGAAGCAGCGGCAUGACGGGGCGGACUUCAAGAACGAGAUCGAGCUGCUCACCGCCGUGUCGCACGGCAACCUCGUGCGCCUCACAGGCUUCUGCGUCGAGAAGGACGAGCAGCUUCUCGUGUUCGAGUUCAUGGAGGGCGGUGCUCUGGACGCGUGGAUCAAAGGCAAGAUGGGUCGCAUGCUGACAUGGCGGGAGCGGAUGCGUAUUGCGCUGAACGCAGCGAGUGCGCUGCACUACCUGCACCGCGAGAUGAGGCCUGCCAUCGUGCACCAUGACAUCAAGCCGCCGAACAUCCUGCUGACAGCAGCGCUGGAGGCGAAGGUGGCGGACUUUGGGACGUCCAAGUCCAUGCCGGAGCGCGGCGAGUUCAUGCCCGAUGAGAUCGUGGGCAGCAAGGGCUACAUAGACCCCUACUUCGUGCAUUCAGGCGUGCUGACGGAGAGCAGUGACGUGUACAGCUUCGGGGUGGUGCUGCUGCAGCUCGCCACGGGGCAGCCGCCGCUCAUCCAGCACGUGCCGCUCAGCCAGGUCGUGCUGCACCUCGCCUUCGGCCCGCAAGGCCUCGCCUCCGUCGUCGACCCGCGCCUCCACCACGCCCUGCUCGCCGCUGCCGCCCCCUCCGAUGAUGGCGCCGCCGCUGCUGCGGGUGUGGUUGGUGGCGGUGCGGGGGAGUGGGAGGAAGGGGGAGUGAGCGCAUGGGAGAUGGUGGCGGGGCUGGAGGAGACGUUCAGCACGUUCCUGCGGAUCGCGCUGUGGUGCACCGCGGAGCACCCCACGCUGCGCCCCGACAUGGAGCAGGUCGUGUCGGAGCUGCGGAAGAUUCGAGACCAGCUGGGAGCGGGGAUGGCUGGUGGGGGCAGCAGCAGAAGAAGCCCGCGUGGGACCGCCAGUGGGUUCACGACGCCCUCGUCCUUCCACGGGUCGCUGCCUCCCCUUGAUGCCACUGCGUUCAGCAGCCCCAGCGUGACGGAGGAGCAGAGCAUGAGCGGCACACAGGACUACACGUGGAGCGGUUAUAGCGCCACACAGGGGCCCCCUUCUCAUCCCAGCUACCCCCCUGCUACCGUUGCUGCUGGAGGUGGUGAAGCGUCACCAGGGGCCCACAGGCAGCAAGCAGCGCAGCAGCAGCAGCAGCAGGGCGCGGCUCGAGGGGCAGGUGGGUUGGCUCCCCUGUGGGGCCCUGGGCUUGUCGGUGGGGUGCAUCCCCCUCCAUCCAGUGCCGCCCAGGAGGAUGGAGCCAUGGGACGGGGGUACGCUGGUGGCUCGUCUGCUACAGCCAGUGGAGUCACAGACGAGGAACAAGGGCACACUGACACGAUGACAGGGCCGCGUGCUCGGUAG